UCUCUGCACUCCCGGGCUAUUUGCUGGCGGAGGGUGCGCCUGGGGGAGCAGCGAUCGCGGGGGGAGACUGGGGACAGGCGCGGGGUCCUGGUAGGUGGCUCUGGUACCGGGCUCUUGGGACACCCCGAAAGUGAGCCCAACUGGGGGAAGAAUCUGAGGGCGACCCGGCAGCAGAGGAGCUGGGCGGGCGGACACUUGAUAGGAAGGCGGGGGCCGAGCCCUGCUGAGGCAGCGAGGGGACGCGCGGCGGAGGAGCGGGCGGUGCCGCGGGAGGGCGCAGGGCGCAGGGCGCCGGCGGCGGCGGAGGGGGCCCGGGCGCGAGGCGGAGCCCCGGCGCGCCGCCAGGCUGGUGGGGGGCCCCGGCGGGCUGCAGAUUCCCUCCGGCUCCCCGCGCCGCGGCAGGACCGGCCAGCAGGCGCCAUGGAGGGCAGCCCCAUCCCGGUGCUGACGGUGCCCACGGCGCCCUACGAGGACCAGCGGCCGGCGGGCGGCGGGGGGCUGCGGCGCCCCACCGGCCUCUUCGAGGGCCAGCGCAACUACCUGCCCAACUUCAUCCAGAGCGUGCUGUCGUCCAUCGACCUGCGCGACCGCCAGGGCUGCACCAUGGUGGUGGGCAGCGACGGCAGGUACUUCAGCAGGACCGCCACGGAGAUCGUGGUGCAGAUGGCCGCGGCCAACGGGAUUGGACGACUGAUUAUUGGACAGAAUGGCAUCUUGUCAACACCUGCAGUUUCCUGCAUUAUCAGGAAGAUCAAGGCAGCUGGUGGAAUCAUCUUAACAGCCAGCCAUUGCCCUGGAGGACCAGGGGGAGAGUUUGGAGUGAAGUUUAAUGUUGCCAAUGGAGGCCCUGCACCAGAUGUUGUCUCAGACAAAAUCUAUCAGAUCAGCAAAACAAUCGAGGAAUAUGCCAUAUGUCCUGAUCUUCGAAUCGAUUUAUCUCGACUAGGAAGACAAGAAUUUGAUCUGGAGAACAAAUUCAAACCAUUCAGAGUGGAGAUAGUGGACCCAGUGGAUAUCUAUCUCAACCUUCUUCGAACCAUCUUUGACUUUAAUGCCAUCAAGAGUUUGCUGACUGGGCCCAGCCAACUGAAGAUUCGUGUUGAUGCAAUGCAUGGAGUUAUGGGACCCUAUGUGAGAAAAGUUCUGUGUGACGAGCUGGGGGCCCCAGCCAAUUCUGCAAUAAACUGUGUUCCCCUGGAAGACUUUGGAGGGCAACAUCCUGACCCAAACCUGACAUAUGCAACGACUCUUCUGGAAGCCAUGAAAGGAGGGGAAUAUGGAUUUGGAGCUGCAUUUGAUGCUGACGGGGACCGUUACAUGAUCCUAGGCCAAAACGGUUUCUUUGUGAGCCCUUCUGACUCCCUGGCCAUCAUUGCUGCCAACCUCUCUUGCAUUCCAUACUUCCGUCAGAUGGGGGUCCGCGGGUUUGGGAGGAGUAUGCCAACCAGCAUGGCCCUGGACAGGGUGGCCAAGUCAAUGAAGAUCCCUGUGUAUGAGACGCCAGCUGGAUGGAGAUUCUUCUCAAAUCUGAUGGACUCAGGACGGUGCUCUCUGUGUGGAGAAGAGAGCUUUGGCACCGGCUCUGACCACCUCCGAGAGAAAGACGGUCUCUGGGCUGUCUUGGUCUGGCUCUCCAUUAUCGCUGCCCGGAAGCAGAGUGUGGAGGAAAUUGUUCGAGAUCACUGGGCCAAAUUUGGCCGCCACUACUAUUGCAGGUUUGACUAUGUGGGGCUGGAGCCCAAGACGACGUAUUACAUCAUGAGGGACCUGGAGGCCCUGGUCACAGGCAAGUCCUUCGUUGGCCAGCAGUUUGCCGUGGGGAGCCACGUCUACAGUGUGGCGAAGACAGACAGCUUUGAGUACGUGGACCCUGUGGAUGGCACCGUGACCAAGAAACAGGGCCUGAGGAUCAUCUUCUCAGACGCGUCACGUCUCAUCUUCCGGCUCAGCUCCUCCAGUGGCGUGCGGGCCACCAUCAGGCUGUACGCAGAGAGCUAUGAGAAGGAUCCCAGCGGCCACGACCAGGAGCCACAGGCAGUGCUGAGCCCUCUCAUAGCCAUCGCGCUGAAAAUAUCCCAGAUUCACGAGAGAACUGGCCGGAGGGGACCUACGGUCAUCACCUGAAUGGAGGAAAGAUCACUCACCAGGGCCAAAGAGCGCUCAGCGGGACAUGCUUCACCGAUGCCUUCUUGCUACCUGUUUGUGCCUUUUAUGACUUUGAAAAAAAAAAAAAAGAUAUUUUGCUUUUGGGGGGCAGGGGGUGGGUAGGAAAAAAAAAUCUGUUUUGUUUUGGUUUUGUCCAGUUCCUCCAAAUGCAACAGGGUCUUUAAUGGCCUGUUAAAGCUGCACUAUCAUUUGAUAACUGUAUUUUAUCACACAAAGGACCUCCCCUUUUGAGAAAGAAUAAGUGGGCUAGGAAACUGUUAA